ACACGAAAAAUUGUUGAAAUAAAAAUGAUAGGAAUUCCUGAGGCCAGAUUAUUCUGCAAUCAAUGCCCAUGUACCCCCAGAUGAGUCACUGUUCUUAAUUAAAUGAUGGCAAGCAUUGCAAAGAUGAAUAACAGCAGAACAAAAUUCAGACACUCAGGUAGUCCUCAUUAUUAUUUUAAAGAGAAAUAUUAGCAAGCAUUAGGGUGAAUUCAUCUAAUCAACAAGAAAUAAGAUAAGCAUGACGGGUUAUGAGAAAUGGCAAAGUAUAUUUCUUAAUUUUAAAUGAAUAUUGUUACAGAUAACUGAAGUGCUUGAGACUGAUGAAAUCAGAUUGCUGUUCCCAUCCUCAGACUCCCACUUGUUUAAUUAUGGUACUUAGCAUUUAUUUAGUUAAUAGUCAAUAGACUGAUGAAACAAUCCUAUACAUCAAGUUGGUUUCACAGUUCUUUAUAUUGUAAUAUAACUAUUGAUUUUAUUUGAGGCAUAUUUGGUCUUCAGUUCUGGCACUUUUCAGGCUUUCCCAAAUUCAUAAUGAAAUGCUCCAAAAAAUGUACUGCUUUUAAAUCUGAAUGGAGGCAGCAGAGGACAAUCUGAAGUAGAAUGGGUUAGUCUACUGGGGAAAUGGCAACCUAUGCCAGUAUUCUUGCUGGUAUAAUCCCAUGGACAGAGGAGCCUGGUGGGCUACAGUCCAUGGGGUCGCAAAGAGUUGGACAUGACAUAGCAACUGAGUGCACGCACACACACACACACACACACACACACACACACACACCCCAAGAUGAGACCAAAACCUUUGAGUGUAGUCUGUGCUUACAGUGUACUGCUCUGGGCCUCACUUCUUUAUCCCCCAGUUCUAUGAUAUUUGAUUCCAGUAACCCCCUACAAGUAAAACAACUUUGAAUUCUGCUUCCCUUUAUUCACAGUAAAGCUGAGUUGCAAAUAAGCCACCCACAAUGAUUUUACAGAUAAGUUUGUACCAAUAUUUUAGAGGAUUACUAUGGAAUGGUUCCCUCUACCACUGUAUUUUUAUAAAAGUAACUAGUCACGGGGACUAAACCUUUGAACUUAACUUCGGCCAAGCAUGCUAAUGAAGCUAAGUGAGGUGUAACCGGUUCAUGAAAUAAUAAUAAGGAAGCACAGUAUAUAUAUUGUCCACCAACUUCCUCCCACUAUAGAAAUAGAGAAAUGAGCUUUUUUUUUGAGAAGGUAGUUGCUACAUUCACCAUAACUAUCGAAUUUCUUCAAUACUGUGUUUAAUUUCCUUUCUUCCCACUGUAGUUGGUGUCAUGCAAGAAUCUAUUCUCCCUGAGUAAAACUGAAAGAUAAUGGAAGACUGAUGAUCAGAGAAUUAUAAAUCUGAAAUUGAGCAUCACCAUCCUGAACAACAGAGCCUUGGCUGGCAUAAACUACUGAUACAGACAAAGGCACCAUCCACAAUAAUCAACUUCCUGCUUUUAUUUCAAUCGGAUAAUCGUGAUUAGAAAAGCUCCUGUGGCAAAAUUCAAGGAAAUCUGAUAUAAAUGAGUAACAACUCAACAUGUAUUCAACCAUCCAAGAUCUCUUACAUGGCUUUACCGAUCAUUUAUACCUUCCUUUGUAUCAUUGGUCUGUUUGGAAAUUCUCUCUCCCAGUGGAUAUUUUUAACAAAAAUAGCUAAGAAAACAUCAACACACAUCUACUUAGCACAUCUUGUGACUGCAAACUUACUUGUGUGCACUGCCAUGCCUUUCAUGGGUAUCUAUUUCCUGAAAGGUUUUCAGUGGGAAUAUCAUUCUCCACAAUGCAGGGUGGUCAAUUUUUUGGGAACUCUAUCCAUGCAUGUAAGUAUGUUUGUCAGCCUCUUAAUUUUAAGCUGGAUUGCCAUAAGCCGCUAUGCUACCUUAAUGAAAAAGGAUUCCACACAAGAGACCACUUCGUGCUACGAGAAAGUAUUUUACGGCCACUUACUGAAAAAAUUUCGCCAGCCCAACUUUGCCAGAAAACUAUGUGUUUACAUAUGGAUAGUUGUUCUAGGCAUAAUUAUUCCAAUUAUUAUAUACUACUCGGUUGAAGAGGCUACAAAAGGGGAAGAGACGAAGUGCUAUAAUUUACAGAUGGAACUAGGAGCUGAGAUCUCUCAGACUGCAGGCCUCAUUGGAACCACAUUUAUUGGGUUUUCAUUUUUAGUUGUCCUAACAUCAUACUACUCUUUUGUCAACCAUCUGAGAAAAAUAAGGACUUGUACAUCCAUUACAGAGAAAGAUCUGACUUACAGCUCUGUGAAAAGGCACCUUUUGGUCAUUCAGAUUCUACUAAUAGUUUGCUUCCUUCCAUACAGUAUUUUUAAACCCAUUUUUUUUGUUGUAUACCAAAGAAUGGAGUGUCAGCAACUGAAUCACUUAAUUGAAAUAAAAAACAUCCUCACCUGCCUUGCAUCAGCCAGAAGCAGCACAGACCCCAUUAUAUUUCUUUUUUUAGAUAAAACAUUCAAGAAGACACUAUACAGUCUCUUUACAAAACCUGAUGCACCCCAUCUGCAACCCUCUGAUUGAUUUCUGAAUGGAAAAUACCACCAAACAGAAAAGUGUUCAUAUGACCCUACUGGGGCCCCUAAACGACGGGUUUAACAGGUCAUAGCUUGGUUGAUAAUAGGCACUAAGAAAGCCUCUUUGGUUUUUAAAAACAAAAUCAACCAACAAACAAACAUAAAACUCACUUUAUGGUUCUACUUAGAGUGAAAGUUGAGAUGGCAGAGACUUACAGAGGCAAAAGACAAGUAUACUGCAAGGAGGCCACCACAUAUGAAACCACCAGAUGAUUUUCUGUUUAAACUCAACCAUGGAUGCUUCUACGCAAAGCACAAUAAUUCAAAACUGGAGGAUAAAGCAGCAAAUGGUUUAUGACUUUCCUACUUUCUAGUAAUUAGACUACAAGGGUCCAUGUAUGGGUAAUGUAUUGUUGGUAACUUUUAAAAUGAGUAAAAGAAAGAAGUGAAUAAGAAAUUUCCUCAUUUAAGUUCUAUCUAAGUGUAUGAAUAAUGCACUGUAAAAAAUCUAAGGUUUUAUAAACACAUUAUUUAUUUGGUAUUAUCUGGUCCAUGAUCCUGAGAGAAGCAAUAUUCAUUGAUUCCAGUAUUUAUUAAGUAGAUGUUAUUUAUAAAUACGCUUAAAUAUUUGGAUUAGGCUUUGUCAAAAUAAUUGACAAAAUGUCAUUAUAUGGUCUUCACAUUUUGUUGAUUUUCCUCUGUAUUCAAUAUAAAUAAUGUUAUUAAUGACAAACAGUAUCUAGCAUGUAAAUGUGUUCAAUUAAUUUUUGUGAAAUAAAUGAAUGAAUGAUAGGCAGUAUAAAAGUA